AUGAAGGUGCUCCACGUCGCCAUCAUGCGCUUCACGCGGGACACGCCCGAGCCCGUGGUCCUCUGCCAGGAGGCGGACCUGAGCUCCUUCGGCUUCUUCGAGAAGUCGACGGUCAAGCAGAUGCUCCAGUUUUUCUCCAAGACCGUCGUGAGCCGCGUCAAGGCGGGCCAGCGCAUCACGAUCGAGCAGGAGCAGAUGAAGGAGUACCAGGUCCACUGCUUCGUCAACUCCGAGGGCCUGGCCGCGACGACGACCUGCGACAAGGAGUACCCGGCGCGCGCGGCCUUCAACAUGCUCGGCCAGCUCAUGGAGCAGUUCGGCGCCGCGUGCCCCGGGUGGCAGGCCGAGGCGCGCGCCGAGGCGUGCGAGUUCCCCGCGCUCGCGGACGCGCUGAAGCGCGCCCAGGACCCGGCGGCCUUCGACAAGAUCAUCAAGAUCCAGAACGACCUCGACGACACGACGGCCGUCCUCCACCAGACCAUCGACAACCUCCUCGAGCGCGGCGAGAAGCUCGACAACCUCGUCGAGCGGAGCGACGACCUGUCGAAGCAGUCGAAGAUGUUCUACAAGCAGGCCCGGAAGACGAACUCCUGCUGCGUCAUCUCCUAG